AUGCUAACAAUGGAUAAGUGCAAACACAUUGGGCAGUUGCACCUUGCUCAAGACCAUUCCAUUCUCAACCCUCAGAAGUGGCAUUGUGUGGACUGCAAUACAACUGAGUCGAUCUGGGCUUGCCUUAGCUGUUCCCACGUCGCCUGUGGAAGAUAUAUUGAAGAACAUGCACUCAAGCACUUUCAAGAAAGCAGUCAUCCUGCCGCACUAGAGGUGAAUGAUAUGUAUGUUUUUUGUUACCUUUGUGAUGAUUAUGUUCUUAAUGAUAAUGCAAGUGGAGACCUGAAGUUACUACGAAGUACAUUAAGUGCAAUCAAAAGUCAAAAUUAUCACUACACCACUCGUAGUGGAAGGGUUUUACGAUCUAUGAGUAUAAGUGAUGAUUCUUAUUUCUUGCAUGAUGGUGCCCAAUCUCAGCUUCGAAAUGAAAAUCAAAUGUAUACUGCUCUUUGGCACAGGAGAAGGAUCCUACUGGGUAAAAGUUUUCGAAUUUGGUUUGAACAGUCACCCAUUGGAAGAAAAAGGCAAGAAGAACAAUUUCAGGAAAAAACAGAAAAAAGAGAAGUUAAGAAAAGACGGCAAGAAUUAGAGCAUCAAGUUAAAGCAGAACUGGAAAAUACGCCUCCGAGAAAGAGUCUACGUUUGCAAGGUCUACCUCUGUCCACAUUAGAAAUAGUUCCUAUUCAAGAACCUCUACAAAUGCCAGCAUCGCCAGCAUCACCAGCAAAAGAUAAAGUGUUAUCUACCUCAGAAGAUGUAAGAUUGAAAAAAAACAGUGACCCCUCAAUUAAACAAAGGCCAACUGUAACUCCUGGUGUAACAGGAUUAAGAAAUUUGGGAAAUACUUGCUAUAUGAAUUCUGUUCUUCAAGUAUUGAGUCAUUUACUUAUUUUUCGACAAUGUUUUUUAAAACUUGAUCUGAACCAAUGGCUGUCUGUGACAGCUAAUGAAAAGACAAGAUCAUCUUAUAAGCAUCUGCCAGUCGCAGAUGCAGUAUAUCAAAUGAAUGAAUGCCAAGAAAAUGAUAUAAGCUCUGUUUACUCCAGACACCUAAGUUUAUCAUCCAGACUAAGUGGUGGAACAUCAAAGGGUAGAAAGAUGGAACUUAUUCAACCAAGGGAGUCAAGUUCACCAUAUAUUUCUCUCUGUCAUGAAUUGCAUACUUUGUUCCAAGUCAUGUGGUCUGGAAAGUGGACCUUGGUCUCACCAUUUGCUAUGCUACACUCAGUGUGGAGACUGAUUCCUGCUUUUCGUGGUUAUGCCCAACAAGAUGCUCAGGAAUUUCUUUGUGAACUUUUGGAUAAAGUACAACAUGAACUAGAGACAACUGGUACCAGGUUAUUAGCUCUCAUCCCCACUUCUCAAAGGAAACUUAUCAAACAGGUUUUGAAUGUUGUGAAUAACAUUUUUCAUGGACAACUUGUUAGUCAGGUUACAUGUCUUGCAUGUGACAAUAAAUCAAAUACCAUAGAACCUUUCUGGGACUUGUCACUGGAAUUCCCUGAAAGAUACCAAUGCAAUGGAAAAGAUAUUGCUUCUCAGCCAUGCCUGGUUACUGAAAUGUUGGCCAAAUUCACAGAAACAGAAGCUUUAGAGGGAAAAAUCUAUGUAUGUGACCAGUGUAACUCAAAGCGUAGAAGGUUUUCUUCAAAACCAGUUGUACUCACAGAAGCCCAAAAACAGCUUAUGAUUUGCCACCUACCUCAAAUUCUCAGACUACAUCUCAAACGAUUCAGAUGGUCAGGACGUAAUAACCGGGAGAAGAUUGGUGUUCAUGUUGACUUUAAAGAAAUCUUAAACAUGGAGCCCUACUGCUGCAGGGAGUCCAUGCAGUCCCUCAGACCAGAAUGUUUUAUCUAUGACUUAUCUGCUGUAGUAAUGCACCAUGGGAAAGAAUUUGGCUCAGGACACUACACUGCCUACUGCUAUAAUUCUGAAGGAGGGUUCUGGGUACACUGCAAUGAUUCCAAGCUAAGCAUGUGCACUAUGGAUGAAGUAUGCAAAGCCCAAGCUUAUAUCUUGUUUUAUACCCAGCAAGUUACUGAGAAUGGACAUGCUAAACUCUUGUCUCCAGAACUCCUGUCUGGUAUCCUACCUCCUACUGAAGAAGCUGAGACCUCUAAUGAAAUGCCUAGUUAA